UCUAAUAAACCCUCUUAUAUAGUAGUACCAAAUAUAUAGUAUACACUAAUAUCUAUGCUAAUAUGCAGACGCUCUCUAUAUCAUAGUCACAUCCUCACUCUCAUCACUCGUGACUUCACAUGAUCAGUUUCUCCAAUGGCCUCAUUGAUCAGUUCCUCGGAUCAUCGCCUUCCGGUUAGCAAGAAACGAUUAAAGCCGUUGAUUCUGAGAGAUUACCUUCUUGAUGAUCUUAGCUCUUGCUCAUCCAACGGCUUCAAAUCAUUCCCUCGUCACCAAACUACAACCGCCGAUAUCAAACGCCGUUUUACGUGCGGAUUGGCGUUUAGUCACGCCGUUCAGAAAGCUUCCAUGGCGUUACUCAGCGCCGUUAAACUCUUGCCGUCCCCUUCCCCCUCCGUUAAACCUCCGUCUUCGUUAAAGAAAAGGCUGUUCUCGAUAAGCUUCUCUAGAAACCUCUGGAAGAAACUUAAUAACGUCGACGGAGAGAUGGAGGAUCGUAAACAAGAGAUCCAACGGUGCAGAUCGUUCGGUGAUUUUCUCAAAGAGAGUCUUGAUGAUCAACCGUCUGAUGAAGAUACAUUGUCAAAAGCCGCCGGUGGUGGUGAGUCGGCUAGUUUCGGUAGCGAGUUAUUCACAAACUCGGAGUUGACUCAGUCAUUAUCUGAGACGUCGAGCAAAAACGGCGCCGUGGAAGAUGUAACGGAGGAGACAAGAUACGGAGUAGUAGUAAUGAUGAGUGGGGAUUGUGUAGGGUCACAUGUCAGUGAAGGAUCGUCGUCUGUCAACGACAACCGAGAGGAAUGCGUGAACGAAGAGAAAGAGCACCUCAGUCCAAUAUCGAUCUUGGAAUACCCAUUCGAAGAUGAUGCAAUCACUCUUCCUAAUUCGCACCAAAAAGAAACCGAGGAGAAGAAUCUCAUGAGAAAAAUAAGAAGAUUUGAGAGUGUCGUACGACUUGAACCUGUGGAUUUAAUGAAACGCAUAGAGGAAUAUAUAAAGAUACAAGACUGCAACUCUCACAUGGUAGAAACCGAAGAAGAUCAAUCGGAAAACCGAGCAAGCCGCUUGUUUGCUCUAGUGAAGUCUAGACUAAUUGAGGAACCUAGCCAUUUGCUUGAAUCUCGGAAAGUAGACAGUCUCUUGCUAGAUUUUUUUAAAGACGAAGGGCACAAUGAGACAGGAGACGAUGAUAAGUUGGUGAAGAUAGUUGAAGAAUGGUUGUUGAAGAGACAAGACGACGAAUGUAUGUUUAUGAGUUGGGAAGUAAGAGAGAAGAGAGAGAUUUAUGUAAAGGAAAUGACAUGGGGCUGUAUCAAUGGUGAAGAGAGGGAUUAUGUGGUUGAAGAGUUGGGGAAUAGUUUCGUCACUGAUUUGAUUGAUGAACUUAUGCUUGAUAUAUCAUUAUGAGGUGAGGUCCAUCCAUGAGGACAAUAUUUUGGUCACAUGCUCGUUAUCGUUCAUCACAUUAAUUCUAUAUGGAUUAUUGUUAACAUUUAUGGCAUAGUAUAGUUAUGCUAUCAUAAU